CGGGCAGCGGGGCGCUCGGCCGCCGCGUCUGGGCUGAGCGCCGCGACGCUGCCGCCCCGAAGCCCUCCCGGAUCUUGAGGCGUAUGGAACCUCAAGGUCUUUAUGACAAUGGAAACCAAAAAAUUGAUUGGUAAACCGCUUCAACCAGCAAGACCUGUUCGUCAUCUGACUUCUCCCCCUGGACCAGUGUUCCCUUUCAACUUUCAAAAUGAAUAUCCAUGCAACACUCAGUGCUUACAAAGUGGAGUUAGCAGAUGUAAGACGAAUGGAAUGCAAGCCUUUUCUCAAGGUCUUAAUGAACAACAGCAACAUCAGUCUCCAGUUAAAAAAGAGAGAAUUAAAUACAGCAGAGAUUUCCUGUUGAAGCUCUCAAGUGUUUCCAUCUGCAGAAAAAAACCAGACUUUUUGCCUGAUCAUCCCAUUGUACUUCAGAAACCAGAAAACAACCAAAGUUUUAAGUAGCAUUUUAAGAACAGAUGAAUUUGAAGAUAAAGAAUUAUUCGUUUUAUAUUUUGGACACCUGCAAAUGAAGUGGAUCUAAUAACAAUAACUGUAAUGGACUGUGACAAUUCAAUUUAUUUUUAAUUUUGAUGGUUGGCUAUUUGGCUUCUCCUAAAAUGAGAAAAAUAUUUUAAACUAUAAAGAAUUUUCUAAUCAGUUUCAGCUUUGCAGGCAGUUUCCUGCAAAAAUUGGGAAGUAACACUGGAAAGUAGGAAUUUGGUUAGUGAAGUGGGAAGACUGUGAAUUUAUUAUUUGCAUGCUACUUGCAAGUUUUUCUUUUUCAUCACUUGUAAUAAUGGAAUGGAAAUGUAAGCUGUAAAGAUUCUCAAAUAUAAAGUAUUUGCUACGAUGUAUAUCUGGUACAUAAUUUCUCGUUGCUUUUAAAAUUGCUUUUGUUCUUUUUCCCACUAAUUUUAUACCAGCACUUCAACAGAUCAUUACGAUCACUCCAGAGGCUUAGAAUAAUUCAGGAUGUUCAAUAGUUAUCAGUAACAGAAGAAUUGUUAAGAUAUUUAUUUUGAAAUAUAUGAUUGGCUUCUAGGUUUCAAAUAAUAACAUUGUCUUAGAUUCAUAGCUACUAGCAGAAUUUGACAAUUGGAAAACAACAGUAGUGAAUGAACCUGAAGUUUAAAUAAUUGCUACUUACAUCACUAAUCAGAUUAUAUAAAUAGUGGAAGUUGAACAAUUGCAAAAUAAAAAUAUUUUUAGUUCCAAAAGAGGGAAAAUGUUGGCAUUUGAAAAUAACUGAGGUUCAUUAAGUUUCAGCUCUAUAAUUAAUAACAAGAACAUAUGGAUAAGGAAUUUGGGGGUUCAAACUUUUAUUUCCUAGAAAUUUGAUACAAGUCUAUAUUUUUCACUCUGGAUGAUACUGUUAUCUAAAAAAAAUGAAGUUACUUCCAGAAGAAUGUAAAAAUUGCUGAUAGAAAGGUAAGUAUAAAGUCUCUACUUCUUUCAGAUCCCUGGGUCUACUGGCAAGGCAUUCAAGGUCAUCAGUAGGCAGAAAGUUUACUUUUCACUGAAUGUGAAUGCCUAAAGCCAAUACCUUUUUCUUCACUGGUUUGGGAGUUAGUUUUCCAGAUUUCACUUUUAGUCCAUGGUAGAUUUCCCUUCUUGGUCUUUUAGUACUUUGUAGUACUUUGUAGUACUUUUAGUACUUGGUUUUUCAUUACUUGGUUCUGCAGAGAGAGGAUUUUUUUUUAAAGAAAGAAAAUCUUUUCAUUAACCAUAAAUUUAUUGCUUAUUUUAAAAUGAGAUAUUUAGGGUCCUUUUUUAAAAAUUUGUGUUUUGUCCCUACUAUUUUCCUUGUAUAACAUAGAUUUCAGUAUAUAUGUAUAUAUGUGAAAAUGCACACACAUACACAUUUACACACUCCUACAAACAUACACAAAAAUAUAUGUAUAAUAGCUGGUGUCAGAAUUACCAUAGAAUAAAUUGUUUUGCUUUUAUAUUUGCCUAUUCUCAAGUCCUUUUGAUUCUAGUUUUAAAAUUUUGUUAGAAUAAUUCCAAUAUUCAGUCUAAUUCCAAUUUUUCCAGUAUUCAGUCUAGAGAGCUUUUCCAUUUAGCACAGUUAUCAGCCAGAAGCUCUUUCCAGUUACUCUACCAUAAAACUAUUUUGGAAACUACCUAGACUUCAUAUACUUUUCUAGUUGGACACUGAAGUGGGCCAACUAAUACAAUAUUUAGUAUGUUCUAAUUUAUGUUUUUGAAAAAAGACUUGUAUAAUUUUAUUUUUAAAAUAAAUUUAUAGCCAACAUUUUCAAGAAAACUCUGUAAAAAAACCCACUUAGGUUUCAGUCUUUUGAGCCAUUCUUACUAUGUUUAAUCAGAUUGAGACUGUAAAGACUGUUUUGUUACCUACUUGCCUUUGUACACAUGUAUAACUUGUUUAAAUAAUCACUGUACAACUCCAUUAUUGUUCUUUGCUUUGUAAAUAUUAAAAGAGUUGAGCCAGG